CAUGAUUAUUUUAUUCUUUAUUUCUCUUAUUACUUUUGCUAAUUCCCUAUCAUUGAAAUCCGUUCUUAUGGCAAUAGAUUGUGGAGGAUAAGAAUCAUUUAAUUCAAAAGAAGGAUUUCUUUAUUAAGAAGUAUUAACUAAUUGCUAUUUGAGGAUUAACAUUUUAGUGGGGAUUCUAGAGUCUCUGAUUACACAUAUAAUGAUGUUGUUUAUGAUGGAAUUGCAUAUACUUUUACUCCAAAAGUUUAUUUUACUGAAAGACACGGCAGUUCAUUUGACUAUAGCUUACCCAUAAAUAAGAAUGGACAAUACACAAUAAUUUUGUAAUUUGUAGAAGUAAGUACUUUAAUCCAUAAAAGUUAUACUUUGAAAAUGAGGGAGAAAGACAAUUUGAUAUCUUUAUUGGAACAAAAAGAAUAAUCUAAAACUUAUCCAUUAUUGACAAUAAGCAUUAAAAGGGAUCUGCAAAGGAAGUGUUCAUUUACAUUGAAAUUAAAGAAGACAAAGUUUUCCACAAUGAUGAAGAAUGCACCAAAGGGUAUGUGAAUAAGAAUAUAUCAAGAUUCAUUAAUGGAAAAUUGAAAAUUGGAUUUAGAAAAGGAGCAGCUGAUUUACCUAAAGUCGAUGGUAUUGUGAUUGUCAAAGGCCAUAAUGCUGGAGAAGAAGAAAAAAAGCAUUUAAUUGAUAAUUGGGAAUAAAUGUUAGAAGAAAAUAGAAAAAAGGAAGCAGAAUUAUAGAGAGCAGAACUAGAGGCUUAAAAUAUGAUUGUGCCUGAUUCAGUUGAACCAGAAGUAUAUUAUUUCUACUAAUUUCAACUCAGGAAGGGGAAGGGUUAAUUUCAUUCUUAUUGUCACCUAUUGGAAUAGGAAUUAUAAUAUUUGGAAUGGUAGUUUUUGGAUUGCUCAUAUUCACCGGUGAAAAUGAAGAUGAUAAAAAAAGAAAGAAAAAUAAGUCAAAAUGAUUAUCUUAUUAGUAAAUAUAUGUAACCAGAGUAGA